UUGUAUUAUAUUGUUGGUAGCUAUCAAAAGUCACGAUUCCCAGGUUCGUAGUGCUGCAAUAUACGACUGUUUAUUGUAAAGUUUGUUGGUGCAUUAUUAGUUGACAAGACAUAAGACACAUCAAAAAUGCCACGAAUUAUGAUCAAAGGCGGUGUUUGGCGAAACACAGAGGAUGAAAUUCUUAAAGCGGCUGUUAUGAAAUAUGGCAAAAAUCAAUGGUCUCGUAUUGCUUCAUUAUUACAUCGUAAAUCAGCCAAGCAAUGUAAAGCACGUUGGUUUGAAUGGCUUGAUCCAAGUAUUAAAAAAACUGAAUGGAGUCGAGAAGAAGAUGAAAAACUUUUACAUCUUGCUAAACUUAUGCCUACACAAUGGCGCACCAUUGCUCCAAUUGUUGGUCGUACAGCUUCACAAUGUUUGGAAAGAUAUGAAUAUUUAUUAGAUCAAGCACAAAGGAAAGAAGAUGGUGAAGAAGUUGGUGAUGAUCCAAGGAAGUUAAAACCUGGUGAAAUUGAUCCCAAUCCUGAAACAAAGCCAGCCCGUCCAGAUCCAAAAGAUAUGGAUGAAGAUGAACUGGAAAUGUUGUCUGAAGCAAGAGCUCGUUUAGCUAAUACUCAAGGAAAAAAAGCAAAACGUAAGGCUCGUGAAAAGCAGUUAGAAGAAGCCAGAAGACUUGCAGCCUUACAAAAACGGAGGGAAUUACGUGCUGCUGGUAUUGGUGUUGGAAGAGGCAAUAAAAGAAAACGGGGUAUAGAUUAUAACGCUGAAAUUCCAUUUGAAAAAAAACCGGCCCUAGGCUUUUAUGAUACUGCUAAUGAAGAAGUUGAUCCACUGGCACCAGAUUUUAGAAAAUUAAGACAACAGAAUUUAGAUGGAGAAUUAAGAGUAGAAAUUGAAGAGAGAGAAAGAAAGAAAGAUAAGGCAAAACUAAAGCAGCGCAAAGAAAAUGAAGUUCCAUUAGCAAUGUUGAACAAUCAAGAACCUAUUAGAAAAAUGAGUAAACUUGUUCUUCCAGAACCACAAAUUUCUGAUCAAGAAUUACAACAAGUUGUUAAAUUGGGACGGGCUAGUGAAAUGGCUCGAGAAAUUGCAAUGGAAAAUGGUCCUCAACAGGCUUCGGAUGCAUUACUAUCAGAUUAUACACCUUCUAUUAAUAAUAUACCGGGUCGCACUCCAAGAACUCCUUCGUUAUCUACUGAUAAAGUUUUACAGGAUGCACAGAAUAUUAUGGCACUAACACAUGUAGACACUCCUCUUAAAGGAGGGCUCAAUACAGAAUUGCAAAAUGUUGAUUUUAAUGGUGUUACCCCGCAACGACAAUUGAUUACAACUCCUAAUACAAUUUUAGGUACUCCACUUUCCCAAACUACUAAUGAUGGCUUCCAAACACCACAAACUGAUCGAUCAAUAGUAAAAGCUGGUAUGGUAACACCCACUCCUCUAAGAGAUCAGUUAAGCAUAAAUCGCUCAGAUUCUAUGGAAGUGGAUAUUUUAAAUACACCUCAAGCUAUGAAAAAUUACCAACAUCAAGUAAAAGAACAACUCAAAGCAGGGCUGAGUACAUUACCACAACCAAAAAAUGACUUUGAAAUUGUUGUUCCUGAAGAUCAUCUUCAAGAUGAAGAAACUGAAGUUCAAAAAGAUUUUGUAGAAGAUCAAUCCGAUAUAGAGAUGCGUAGUGCUGAAGAACUUCUUGCUCAUCGAAAAUUAGAAUUGAAGUUACGGUCUCAAGUAAUUCAACGAUGUUUACCUCGUCCGCCAGACACUAAUAUUGUUUUGAGACCUUUAAACUCUGAGCCUCCUCUAACAGAUCUUCAAAGGGCUGAAGAACUGAUUAAACAAGAAAUGAUUACAAUGCUUCAUUAUGAUGCUGUUCGAAAUCCUCUUCCCCCAGAAGUUGCUAUACUGACCCAAAGUGGUCCCAAAAAGCAACCAAUUUUAACAGAAACACAACAUUUGGCAUAUUUACAGACACAUCCAUAUCAGCAAUUUACUGAAGAAGAAAUGGAGAAUGCAAAACAAAUUUUAAAAAAAGAAAUGGAAAUUGUCAAACAAGGUAUGAAUCACGGUGAUUUAUCAUUGGAUUCAUUUACUCAAGUAUGGGGUGAAUGUUUGGGUCAAGUAUUAUUCUUACCCAAUCAAAAUCGUUAUACUAGAGCAAAUUUAGCUAGUAAAAAAGAUAGAAUUGAAUCAUUGGAAAAAAAACUAGAACAAAAUAGAGGUCAUAUGACUAAAGAAGCCAAAAAAGCUGGGAAAAUGGAAAAAAAAAUUAAAAUUAUUCUUGGAGGAUAUCAAACUCGUUCUCAAGGCCUUGUGAAACAAUUUCAAACUCUUGUUGACGAAGUUGAACAAGCACAUUUAGAAUUAUCAACUUUUCUAUUUCUGCAAAGACAAGAAGAAGCUGCUAUACCAAAACGAUUGCAGUCAUUAACUGAUGAUGUAAAUCGUCAAAAAGAACGAGAGAAAAUUUUGCAACAAAAGUACUUGGACCUUGAAACACGAUGGAAAGAAUUAAACAUAGGAAAUGAUACAAUAGUCAAACCAUUAAAAAUUGAAUAAUUUUUACUGCACUCAUGUUUUAUUUUUAAUUUGUAUUAGAUAUUUU